CGAUAUCCAGAAAAAGUAUGGUCAUAGCAAGUCCAGCAUAACACUACCCAGUAUUAACGUCUACGAUGGUAGAAUUGUCAACAAGAAGUUCCACGAAUCUCGAGAUGGAUCUGAAAGCUCUCGUCGAUCGCUUGGGUGCAGAACGGGGUCAGUCCGCGUCAUUUGACCGCUGGCGUAAACAAUUUCUCGAGUUGCAUGAGUCUUUCCUAUCUCAGCAAGGAAUCGAAGAAGCGAGUGAUGCUUACAAAAAGUUGUGUACAUAUGGAGAAAAGUUUGCGACGACUCUGAUUCAUGUCCAACGCUUAGUCGACGAGGACAUUUUUCUCAACAAAGGAGAGUCACAUGUGUCCGUGAAGGGCCAGAAUGCGUUACAUCAGCUGAAUACUAUUAUGACCGAGGUUGUUCAGAACCUCCAUGAUAUGGUGCCAUCUAACACAACCGAGGAAAGGACUUGCGGUUACAACAAGUAUCAACUUGGAGCAGCUCUCGUAGAGGACAACUUUUCUGCGUACAGCUAUCUUCUUCACUGCUGUCAAAUUUCUACGCGCAUGCGUCAGUCGUGCCUCGAGGACGUGGCAGAUAAGCAAAUCUUAGAAAUGAUUGAGUACUACGAGCUCAACUUGAAACGCUUCUGUGAUCUAAUGGCCGAUUUGGGACUUUAUCGUUGGAUGGUAGUACAAGCGGCAGAGGCAGGAAAACCUCUGGCUUCGCCACCAAAAUCUCGGCGCAAAGCUAACAUUCCACGGCGGACAAAUAAUACUGCGAUAGAGAGAUCCUCCUCCCCAACAAAAUCUAGAAUCAAGUCGCCCCCUUCAUCGCCUCUAGUAAAAGUGCAAUCGCCGACAUCACCUCCGGAAAAGUCGAAGAUAAUUGAUGCCGUAAAGACCAAGAAGAUACCGAAAGUUCCAAUCUCGCCUCGAAAAACCAAGAAGGAGACGAUUCCUACUCAAAGCAACGGGAAAAAGGUCCGCAAUGGCAACAGUAAACCAAAGGCCACACGUAGUCUCCAAUCGCAAGACUCUGAACCAAUCAAACCUGAUAAAGAGAAAGAAGAGGAAGAGAAAGCUAAGGAGCGCGAAGAAUACUACGACAUGGAUCGUGAUGACAUGACCCCGGAAGAAAGGCGCCGUGGUGGGAAAGGUCCUGCAGAAUUUGUCGUCUUUGUUGAUAUUAAAACGGGAGCGGUAGGAAACCGUGGCAAUGAAAUUAUUGUGGAAGCGACUAAAGGCGAGCCUGAACGCAAAGAACUAAUGAACAUGGCUUUGCAGUCGGCCACAAAGCAAAAAUAG